AUAAUCAUACUCGUCGCCGUCGUUGUCGUUUGUGGAGCCCUAAAAAUAGUUACAUCUUUUUUUUUUGUUUGAAAAAAAUUUCAUAAAACCAAAGUAAUUUUACUCAAAAAGGAAAGUGUUAUAGAAUAGCUAAGAAAUUGUUGCCAUAAAAAGAGUUUUAAUAAUUUUUUUACCCAAUUAUAUUUUUUCACGGUUUCCAAUACAUGGUGUGAUAUAUUUAUGAAAAGCAUUUUGUUGGCCGAAAACAAACGCUACUGAGUUUGAACAGAGCUGGCAACGAAAAAGGAAAAAAUUUAAUAAAAAUUCAAUAACAUUAUCACCUUUGAUUAUAGCAAGCCAGGAGCACCAUAAAACCUUUGGCAAAGGUCAAAUGUGGAAAAAAUCCAAAUAACAAAAUGUAUCGCUGAUUCGGAAAUUGGUAUUAACAAACUAUUGGUUGCCCCGCCUCUAGUCCUUCCUCUACAACAAUCGCAUAACUGGGAUUUUCGUUUACGCCGUUGUGAUUUUUGCCCCGCAGACUACCGUUUUGGGUCUGCAUGCGUGCGUGCGUGGGCUUUCGUGAGUUUGAAUGCGGGCAACGUGCCCGCAACGUGUGUGUGCGUCGUUGUCGUUGUCGUCGUCGUCGUUGUUGUUGUCCUAGUUCUUCGUGGCAUAGUGUAUGCUCUUUGUAAUUCAUCCCAAACAUCAACUUUUCUACUAUUGGAAAACUUUUCGCAGAAUUCUUUGUUGUGCCAUUAGAAGUUUCCCCUCAAAGUUUGUUUUCUUGCUUACUUUCAAAGGGCGUCUUAUUUUUCGCUUUGGCUUUGGGCGGCUGCUGCAAUGCAAUCGAAUACCAGUCGUGCUACUUUGAGUGCACAAUCCUCGGGAACACCAUCGGCGUCAACGAUAUCAUCAUCAGGCAAGCAACAAGUGGUUGAAUUAUCUGGUUAUGUCAUUAUUCUGGUGGAGAAUGUUGAUGGUAAAAUUAAAUUAUAUGGCUCUCCACCCGAUCGUGAUAAUUUGGAAGUGGGCGAUGAGAUACUCGAAGUUAAUGGCUUAACAUUGGAUAAUAUUUCACGAACGGAAGUUAUACGACACAUACACGAUUGUAUUAAAUCGUGUACCAUAUGUUUACGGGUUCGCAAGAAAAAUGAUUCCAGGCUGGCUUGGGAUAUUGGCAAUUCAGUGCAGGACGCAUUUGUUAUAGCGGUUGAGGAACAUGCAAGAGAACGUUUGCAACGUUUAGCGGCCUUAAAUCGUGUAACACCUGUGGAUAUUACUCAGUUAUCGAAAAAGCUCCAACAAACCAAAAGCGGUGCUCCAUCGACACAAAAACAGGACUUAAGUUUCCUCAACGAAGCCUCCCCCAUCUAUGUGACCUCAUUCAAUAGCAAUCAUACGGCCUGCAAUAGCACCACCCUAACGACAGCGGCAGCGGUAGCCACCUCUACUACGGGGACAGCGGGGCUGAUAAGUGCAACAACAAUAACGCCCACGGCUGUUGCAUCCACGACGACUAAUGCCAGUUCGGCUAAGCCACAGACAGUACCAGCCAGCGGUGUAGGUCCACUAUCGGCAGCCAUAGUAGCAGGAGCAAAAACCACAGCAACCGGAAACACCUCAACAGUAGCACCAACAGGAGCCGAUAGAAAUGCCAACAAUUGCCCCCAGGCCUCUGUAAUAGCAGCAGCAGCUGUAGCAUCCUCAUUAGCGGCUGCCUCCAAGCAGAUACCAGCCUCAGUUCACCACCCACUACCAACAGCAGCAGCAGCAGCAGCAAUCACAGCAGGAGCCCCAGCAUCAGCGGCCACAACAACAACGUCCACAACCUCAAUAUUGACAAAUCAUAAUAGCAUUUAUCAGGCCACAGCCCUAGCGAAAUUGCCCUCCUCAUUGCCGCACAAAAAGCUAACCAUCGCACGCAGCCUCCAACAUUUGGAGGUUAAGGAGGUGGACGAUGACGAUGAUGAUUUGGCCGCAUUAGGUGCCAAUUUGUGUAACAUCAAUUUCAUUAACUACAAGAACAAGCAUGCCGAAAUACCCACACCCACAACCACUGGCCCCCUGCAUGUUAGUCCAUUUGUGGGCAACGCACCUGUGAUAGUAGCAGGUCCCAGUUCCACCUUGGGGCGACGCAAAUCGCAGCAGAGCAACAGCAACACCAAUACGAAUCCUGUUACCGUUAGUGCCACAGUUGAUGUUCAUCACUCAGCUCAUGCGGCGGGAGCAUCAACAGCCUAUCACGAUCACAUACCACCGCCUUUACAGUUACCCCCGCCCAAUAAGAUCUAUGUGGAUGCCCAAACACUGACCUCGCCGCGCCUGGCCAAGAACGCCCAAGGAGGAGGAGUAGUAGUAGUAGGAGCAGCAGGCGAUUCUUUGAUCACCAAAGGUGGCCCAACUUUGAACAACAAUAUCAACAACAACAAUAGUCUAAAAACUUUAUCGGCAUUAUCGGCGGCCGCCACAGCCAGUAUCAAGGCACCAGCCGUAACUGCUACUGCUGCUAACAAGGCGACAGCUCUGCAACUGAACAAUAACAACUCUCAACAGCUUCCUUCGUAUGCGGUACAUCAUUUGGGUACGCUACAGCAGCUGACGCAGAAGCAGCAGCCAGCAACGAAUGCAACUGCAAUCCUUAAUGCCCAGUUAACAUCUUCCUCGUGCUCGAAUCAGCUCAGCAGCAACAAUAGCAGCAUUCACAGUGCAUCCAGUGCAUCGACGCAAGCAUCAUCAAUAAUAACGGCACCAUUGUCGGCGGGAGCCUCAUCAUCAGCAGCAAAUACAGCAUCUACGACAGCAACAACAAAAAAUCUUAGCAGUAAUCUUAGUAAUAAUUGUGAUUUACAUAUAUCAGCGAAUAAUCUUCAACAACAACAGCAACAACAACAUCUACAACAGCAGCAGCACCAGCACCAGCAACAACCACCGAGAAGAGAGUUACUAACAGAUGACGAUGAAGAUGAAACAGAUGAUAUUUUACAAUUGAAUACAAAUAGUUUAUCAAAUAAUUUAACGCAACUAAAUUAUAGUCCAAAUAGCAGCAUAUCAAGAGGUGGAUUUGAACUACUACUGGGUGAUCAAUCGUUAAGGCAAGAUAUCAGGCCCCGGCGUAGAUCCGGCUCUAGUAUAGUGGUUUUAGAUAGUGAAGAUUUAAAGCCCUGUCUACCCGAUGUUUAUAAUAAUCUACCACAUAUACGACAGCCAAACGAAGAUACCCAAGAGAUUGAUCAGGAAAUGUACACAACCAUGUUGAAGUCCAUAAAUCAAGAUAAUGGACCUCAUCGCGAGAUGGCUGUUGAUUGUCCAGAUAAUUUUAUAGCACGUAAUAAAACACCACCACGUUAUCCGCCACCCCGUCCACCACAGCAGAAGCAGCUUAACAAUGCCCUGGCCUUGGGGGGCAAAGGCAAAAUGUCGGUGGCCCUUAAUCCCAAUGGAGGCGGAGGUGGUUCGCUGACAUCGCCUGAGGAAUUGGAUUUAAUGGUGGUGGAUGCUCUCUAUCGCAAAGGUUCCUCCUCUCAUUCGUCUUCGUAUGAAAGUGAGGUCUUGAGUAAAAAGUCCUCGGAAUCCUUUGAUUCCAUAUCCUAUCGUCAACUGCAGAACAAUAACAAUGACUUGAUUGGCAAAGAAUCUCAGCACAACUCCAAUUCAAAUUCAUCGUCGUCAUCUUGCUCGAAUCCCAAGCAAAAAGUGGUUAGCAUGAAUGGCAAUGGUGUGGCCAGUCUCUUGAGCAAUGCGGCCUCCAUCAUUAAUGGUGGUGGCAAUAGCAGCAGCGGUGGAGGCAAUAACAGUGGCAGUGGCGAAUCCUUGCCCAGCAUAACGAGCACAGGUUCUACGCCGCCGCCGGAAUAUGAACUCAAAGAAUUGUCCUCCAAAAAUUCCAUUUUACCUCCUGUUAUCAAGCAUCGCGAACUGCCGGUAGAUGUACCCGAUAGCUUCAUUGAAAUGGUUAAGACUCCCCCCAGAUAUCCUCCUCCCGCCCAUUUGUCCUCAUUAUCCUCACAAAUAUCUUCCUGCAGUUCGGCCUCCACCGCCAAUACCACCUUGACGCGCAUCAACUCUUCGAAUAAUUCCAAUACCGAGUCACAUAAUAUGAGCUUGUCGCCGCAAUCGCUAAAAAUGCAUCACCAAACUCAAGAGACUUCCAUGAUAUCCACCAUGUCUCUGAAUGGAUCCUUUGAGGAUUUCCAAAAUCAGCAGCAGCAGCAACAACAACAACAAAACCAGCAGCAGCAAUCAGGCAAUCAAAUACCACAGCCUCAAGUGGCUAUAAUGCCUGCAAAACGUACCGAUGAGUUAAAUGGCUCGAUUAAGCCGGUGCCACCUCCACGUGACACAGUGCGUGUGGAAAAAGAUGGACGUGUACAGCGUUCACCAUUGCCGCCGCAAUUACCCGAUCGUCGAGGGAUGCCGGGGGCAAAUAGUCAACAACAACAGAUUGCCCAAAUUGUGGAGCCAACAAUGGAACAAUUGGAUAGUAUUAAGAAAUAUCAGGAACAAUUGCGUCGCCGACGAGAAGAGGAGGAGAGGAUUGCCCAACAGAAUGAGUUUUUGCGUGCCAGCUUACGAGGUUCACGAAAGCUUAAAGCUUUGCAGGAUAAUAAAACUGGCGCCCAACAGCAGCAACCGGUAGCAGCAGAACGUUCUGUUAUUGGGGUAGAAAAUGAAGCCUAUGUGGAGGAUGAGGAUGUGGAUAAAGUUAAAGGCUAUGGUGAUUUAAUUGCCGCCUUAAACCGUCUCCAGAGUCAGCUAACCAAAAAUGGCAUGAACACACUCGCAGGCCGAGUGUCGGCCGCUCACAAUAUUCUCUCCAAUCCGGGCGUAGCCCAUGCCUUGGCUGCCCGUGCCGCGGUGCUGCAACGUCGACGCUCCAAAGCCACCACUCCAGUCAGUACAAAUGCCAUGGAAUUGCAAAAGGAUAUCGUGGAGCUCCUAACCAAGUCCAAUUCUGCAGCGGCCAUUGAAUUGGGCAACUUGCUGACAAGUCACGAAAUGGAGGGCCUACUAUUGGCCCAUGAUCGUGUGGCCACCCACACAGAUGGUACACCAUCACCAUCGCUAAGUGGGGCCGGCAGUCCUCAGCCCAUAUCGCCUAGUUCGGCACCCCUUCCACCUCUGCCUGUACCACCAAAAUCUGCCUCUGUAAGGGGCACAGCAGUGCCACCACCUGUGGUGCCGCCUCCAUUGGCCCAACGCAGUGCAAUGCCUUUACCUCCCAAUGUUCCAGCCCAUAAUGCCACCAGCACCGGCUAUGCCCAUAUGAAGCCGGCCGGUUCGCAUAGGCCGGACUCGCCGCCACUGAGUGCCUGCUUUGGUAUACUCAACGAUCAAAAUGACAAUAUACGUAUUAUACAAAUUGAGAAAUCGACUGAACCCCUAGGUGCCACAGUACGCAAUGAAGGUGAGGCGGUAGUCAUAGGCCGCAUAGUAAGGGGAGGAGCUGCCGAAAAGUCCGGCCUUCUACACGAGGGCGAUGAAAUACUCGAGGUGAAUGGUCAAGAGUUGCGCGGCAAGACGGUGAAUGAUGUUUGCGCCUUGCUAAGCACCAUGCAGGGCACCCUCACCUUUUUGAUAGUGCCCGCUGGCAGUCCUCCACCUGGUGGCGGCCAUCAUCGUGAAAAUGCUGUCUUACAUGUGCGGGCUCAUUUCGAUUAUGAUCCGGAAGAUGAUUUGUAUAUACCUUGCCGUGAGCUGGGCAUUAGUUUCCAAAAGGGUGAUGUUCUACAUGUCAUCUCGAGGGAGGAUCCAAAUUGGUGGCAAGCAUAUCGUGAGGGUGAAGAAGACCAAACUUUGGCCGGUCUAAUACCUAGUCAAUCAUUCCAACAUCAAAGGGAAACCAUGAAAUUGGCCAUAGCCGAAGAGGCGGGUCUGCAAGGCAGAAAUCGUGGCAAAGAUGGUGGGGCAAAGGGAUCAACGCUGCUGUGUGCACGCAAGGGACGCAAGAAGAAGAAGAAGGCCAGUUCGGAAGCAGGAUAUCCUUUAUAUGCCACCACCGCCCCCGAUGAAACUGAACCCGAGGAAAUACUCACCUAUGAAGAGGUUGCCUUGUACUAUCCCCGAGCCACACACAAACGUCCCAUUGUUCUAAUAGGCCCACCCAAUAUAGGACGUCAUGAAUUGCGUCAGCGUCUUAUGGCGGAUUCCGAUCGGUUUUCAGCAGCAGUGCCACUUUUCUAUUUAUGUCAAUCAAAAGAAAAGGAUUGCAAAAAGAAGAAUACCUCCCGCACCCGUCGUGAAGGCGAAGUUCCUGGUGUCGACUAUCAUUUUAUCACACGCCAGGCUUUUGAAGCUGAUAUUUUGGCUCGUCGCUUUGUGGAGCAUGGUGAAUAUGAAAAAGCUUACUAUGGCACUUCCUUGGAAGCCAUACGUACAGUUGUGGCCAGUGGUAAAAUCUGUGUUCUUAAUCUACAUCCACAAAGUCUUAAACUUUUAAGAGCCUCGGAUUUGAAACCCUAUGUUGUGCUGGUGGCUCCACCUAGUCUAGAUAAACUAAGACAAAAGAAAUUACGCAAUGGUGAACCAUUUAAGGAGGAGGAGCUAAAAGAUAUCAUUGCUACCGCCCGAGACAUGGAGGCCCGCUGGGGUCAUUUAUUCGAUAUGAUCAUUAUUAAUAAUGAUACCGAAAGAGCUUAUCAUCAAUUGUUGGCCGAGAUUAAUUCAUUGGAACGUGAGCCUCAAUGGGUGCCAGCCAGCUGGGUGCAUAACAAUAGGGAUGAGUCAUAAUUUUUUAAUAAAAAAAAAAAAACUUGAAACAAAUUUUAAGAUUUAGGCAAACAGCUAAGAAAAAAUUGGAAGGGAAUUUUAAAACAAAAAUUGUAAAUAAAACAUGAUAUUAAGCAAAAGGAUUUGUGAACAGAAAAAAAAAUUAAGAAAUCAUAAUUUAUACAAAAUGAAGAAAACAUUUAUAUAUGCAAUAUUUUUUAUUAUUAUUAUUAUAAUUUUUAUUGAUUGAGAAAUUUGUUAAUGUAGAUAUAACAAUUGUGUUUGAAUGUGGUGUUUUUACAUCCAAAUUUACUAUAUAAGUAAAUAAUAUAAUUAAAAAAAAAAAAACAAAAACAUGAAUAAAAUUAAUGUGUAUAUUAUUAUUUUUUUUAAUGAAUUUCUUUUCAAACCCCGAAAAUCACAAAUAGUUUUUUUUUAAUACAUAACACUUAACAAUAACUAUAUUACAUAAAAGAAAAUUUGUUUGACAAAUAUCGAAUGUAAGUAUAAUAAAAAAAACAAAAAAUCUUCCUUAAUUUCCACUUUUUAUGUAGAAACCUAAAAAUGUCUAGAAAUUAUAAAAAAAAAAUUUUGUUUUGUGUUUUUUUAAUAAUUUGUAAACUAAACAUUCCAUUUAUUUCUUUUUUUACAUAUAUAAAAUAUGUUUUUAAAAUUUUAUGUUUUAAUUUUCUUUUUAAUAAAAAAAAACAAAGAAAACUCUAAGCUAAACUUUAAAAAAACUAUAAAAAAAAAAUUAAAAAAUUAUAUAGUUGUUAUUGAAAAUAAAGAAAAAGACAACAUACAAAACAAAAUGUAUAACUUCUAAGCAAAUGUUAAAAGCAGAUGGUCUUAACAAUAACAGCAAACCAACUAAUAAACAAUUUUAUGAAUCCAAAAAUCAACAACAACAACAACACCCCAUUUACUUUAUUGCAAAACCAAGAACAGCAACAACUACAACAUCAUUAAAUGUAUGUUAAGUAUAAGAAAAAUCGAAGGACAUCAAUCCUACUGCUAGUAAAGUUUUCAUAGCCUAAAGAAAACGUGUUACAUUCUAAACUAAUCCUCGAUAUACAUCAAAAAGAAAUAUUAACAAAACUGCAAGCAAAAAAUAUCGAAAAUUUGUAUUUAAAGAAAACAAAAAAAAAAUACAAUGAAUAAAAAUACUUCCACUUGUUAAAUAUCUUGAAACCCUGCCCCACUUUAUAGAUUUUGUUACAAAAUUUGAGUACAGAGUUGUGUUUUUCUGAAGAAACGAAAAUACAAUUCCAAUGUUAAAAUUCUGUUAACAUUUUGUAAGUGAAAUAUGAAAUUCAACAGAAACCUUGCAAAAAAUACAUACCCUAUAGAAAAACACAUAUAUCAUCCGACAUGUUUUCCAUAUAUACGUACAUACAUAUAUAUUGUCACAUUAAUAUAUUUGUAUAUUGUUUUCAUAAUUUUGUAGUUAAAUGGAAAUUAUUUUUUGUGUUUUAUUGAUUGUUUUUUUUUAUAUAACAUAUACAUGAAUGGAUAAUGGAAGCAUAACCUCCACCACCACCAACAACACCCCUUAGGACAAAAGCAAACGAAUCUGAAAGUGAAGCGAAAAAGUAUACAUAAAAAUAAAAAGCCAACAACAACAACAACAAAUGAAAACAUAUUAGAAUUUAGCAAAGUAACUGAGAAAUGGUAACAUACAAAAAAAAACUAUAUCGAUAAAAAGAAGAAAAAAUCACUAACAGAGAAAAAAUCAAGAAGAUUAUAAAACAGAGCAAGAAAAAAGAAA